GGGACCCGUUGCGUGAGGAAGCGGGCGAUGUGAGGAUGACCAUGGCCCAGGCUGGAGCCGUCAUUGCAGCUGCUGCGGGACUCCUGGUCUUCUUCCUCUACUUCUCCAUCCACAAGGUCGAGGAGGGGCACUUGGCUGUCUAUUACAGGGGUGGUGCGUUGUUAUCUAGUCCAAGUGGACCAGGCUACCACAUCAUGCUCCCAUUCAUUACCACCUUCAAAUCUGUGCAGACCACGUUGCAGACUGAUGAAGUGAAAAAUGUGCCUUGUGGGACAAGUGGUGGUGUUAUGAUCUACAUUGACCGAAUAGAAGUUGUGAAUAAAUUGGCACCGUACGCAGUGUAUGAUAUUGUGAGAAACUACACUGCAGACUACGAUAAGACCUUGAUCUUCAAUAAAAUUCAUCAUGAGUUGAAUCAGUUUUGCAGUGCGCAUACCCUGCAGGAAGUAUACAUUGAGCUGUUUGAUCAGAUAGAUGAGAAUCUGAAGUUGGCCCUGCAGAAAGAUCUCAAUGUCAUGGCACCAGGUCUCACUAUCCAGGCUGUGCGUGUUACAAAACCUAAAAUUCCAGAAGCCAUCCGGAGAAAUUUUGAGCUAAUGGAGGCUGAGAAGACCAAGCUGCUGAUUGCAGCCCAGAAGCAGAAGGUAGUAGAGAAGGAGGCAGAGACAGACCGGAAGAAAGCGCUUAUUGAGGCAGAGAAGGCUGCUCAGGUGGCCAGGAUUCACUAUCAACAGAAGAUUAUGGAGAAGGAAACAGAGAAGCGAAUUUCUGAAAUUGAAGACGCUGCAUUCCUAGCAAGAGAGAAAGCCAAAGCUGAUGCGGAGUACUACACUGCUCAGAAGCUGGCUGAUUCCAACAAGCUGAAACUUACUCCUGAGUAUCUGGAACUAAUGAAAUACCAAGCAAUAGCUGCCAACAGCAAGCUGUAUUUUGGUGACCGCAUCCCCAACGUGUUUCUGGAUUCCUGUGCCUUCCAGCAAGCCAAUCUGAGGACUGACCAAGAACCAGCCUUCCUUCACAGGAGGCCCCAGAGACUUCUGGAGAAAGCCACCUCAGAGCAAAGGAAAGCACUGGCUGACAGAGGUAGAAAAAUACCCAGUGUAGCUCAACAGUUGGCCCGGCUGUGAAUGGGGAUGUUGCCCUAUGCUGGUGGGGCAGAUGCAGCGCAUGCAUGGACAUCUUGUAUAUAGGUGGCAGUUGGGUUGAUUUUCUUCUAGCAACACAUUGCAAGUGCUCUGCCUCUUCUGUUUCUUCCCCUAUUAAAUUGGUGCUUCCAAAUGAGGGUUAAUCCUGUACUAACAUACCUAUACUGGAAUAUUAAAAGACAGACACCAGGAAAGCCUUCCGCAGUAGGUGCAAUUAUUUAGCAAGUAUUGCUCUGGAAGUGGGAGAUGUGGCUAUGAGUGCUAUAUUUCUGCACACUGCUCAUUCCCCAGUGCUCCUUACUGAGGCCAAGCGAAGAGGUUUCCUUUGUCCUGCCGAUGAAGCUUCGCUUUGUAGACUCCAAGGCAGGUUUUUACCGGCACUAUUUUAACUCUCCUCAAGGAUUCCGUUGGAGUAGGCUCUCCUUGGCCAGUGGAGGCUGCGUGUUCCUGCUCAGGGCAAGGCCUGGCAAAGAGUGAUUUGGUGUGGAAUGGGUUAUUUGAAUAGGGUCUGCAUAGCCAUAAUGUUCUUCUUUCCUGUAGGCAGUGGCACUAGAAUAUAACUCGGAGCAAGCAAUCUCUAAUGGGCUUCUCUAACUCCAAGCAAGAGCCUCACGCUGGCUGCCUGUGACUGACUGUAGUAUGUUUCAGCUGGGCAGCUGAGUCUCACCUUGCAUCCUAAACUAGAUUUCAGAGUGUGUGGAGCACCUCUGAGCAGCUGGUUGGGAACAGAGCUGGGCAAUCUUUGGCCUGUAGGACUUUUCUUCAGGAAAAGGGGGCUGAAUUUCCACUGCUUUGCCUUGCUGGCAAAGUGAAGGGGAAGAUAAGAGCAAAGGGACCUCACUGUGGAGCAGAUCAGAUGUUUGACACCUCAGCUGUAAAGUAUGUGAGGCAUCACUGCUCCAAGAGGAAGCAGGAUGUGGCUCCUGUGUUUUUGCAACAGCUGUGGUUGGGAGACUGUUGCUGGUCCUCUCAUUGCUGGCCAGGCUUUGCUGCGUUGUGGGGCUUUUGACUCGAGCAGUGCUAGCCGGUGAUCUUUUCUUCUGGUGUGCAUUGUAAUACAUCCAACCCCUGUUCCCUGUGUGCCACUGCAGGGUGAGAGAAAGAGACGUGCUUGGGGAGGGAAAUCUGCUGGUAUGGUCUGCAUUCCUCUUUUCCUCUCUCCUCCGCUUUGCCUGUGAGGACAUGCUUGUUUCUAUGACCUGUUUCUAGUUGCAUUCUGUGGCAAUCCCGAAAGACAAUGGCUCUGGAAGCAACUGGCAAGAUCUUGAGCUGAAACACUGUUCCCCAGUAGGUAGCACUGCAGCAUUGUCUGCCUCUGAACCCCACUACGUGUUCGAGACCACCUCUCCUCCACCUGCCUGGGAUAUCUGUACGUUCAUCCUGCUUUCCUGUCUUCUCGGGUGCAGCCAUGGUGCGAUUCACCAGAUGGGCCAGUUGGUGUUGAGGUCUUCUGUCCCUGGCAGCGUCUGCAGCCUUGUGGAAAGGGGAAGGAACGUGCUUAGCUUUUGCCUUGGAAACGUUUAACCCAGAGCAAAUGGCUUGAACUUCACCUCUGCUAGUGAUUUCCCCAAAUAAGAUGUGUGGGCUUCAGGCUUUCCAGUGCUGCUUUCCUAGCCUGUGUGGCUUGACUCGAAGGAUGGAAGUGUCUCUCCUCAAGGAAGUUUGGUAACAUGUGGUGCCUUAUGGUGUCUCAGCUCCUGCCCUGGCUGCCUCUGCUCCAUCUCUGGGACAGAACAGGGAUGGAUUUACCCUGUCUCUCCUGCUACCACCACCGGCCAGCUUGGGUAAUACAUGACUGUGGGACUUCCAAGCAGUUUUAGGUGGUCUGUCUUUCUUCCAUCUGUCUGCAAACUCCCAAGGCCUGGUUGGUGUUCUGCUUCAGGAUACCAGCUCCUUUUCAAAUCCAGCCAUGACAGGAGCUGAGGACCAAGGCCAUGGCCCAGUGAGAGGCCAGCUGAAGGUGCUGAGCACCCAUCCUGGCUUCCAGGGAGGUUGUGGGUUAGCAUACUUACCUCGUGCUCUAAGGAAGAGAGGAAGGGUACUGCUGUCACCAAGAGGAGAGGUUUCUCAAGUUUUCGCUGUACACACCUGGUGCACAGGGGUUGUGGCACAGCCAUGUGCCUUGCAAAUCCCAGCCUUGGGAGGGCUAUGCCAGCUUUUUUUUGCAUGGAGGAGCUCACGUUUUCACCUGCAGAAGGAUUGAGCAAACGCUGCCCUCCUGGCAAAGAGCAGCCUUCAAAGGACACUGGUGGGCACGGGAACAGGAAGGAUGUCUGUAUGUCCUGCUAGAAGGCAGCUCAGCCAACAGGCAGGGCCGAGCUGAAGCCUGUGGCUGAUGGCAGGAGAGGAACAGGCAGGCACAGCGUUAACCCCGUUAGACCCUGCAGUGCCCUCCCAAGGAGAAGGGCACUUGGGCAGUGGGGAUAGUAGUGUAUUUUGUAGCUGUGAUGGUUGAAAUGUCUCUUGAGGUACUGUUUGACUUACAAGGUCCCUUUUCUUCUGUGGGAAGGGCUUCAAGAAGCCAGCGGAGUUGCAUCUCUCUGACCCUCCACCUCCUUGGUAUUGCUGGCUUGUGGCAGCUGCUUUGGUUGUAUUUUGCGACAAAGGCAGCCUUUUUAGAACAGAAACACUGCUGCAGGAGGCAUAGACUUAUCUCUGUGUGGUACUCACUGAGGUUGGACACUACCCAGUGCUGGCGUCAAACCCUGGGCAUCGGGCUGGGUGGACAGGAAAGGUUCUGCCAGAUGACAAGAAGCAAGGGCAUGAGGGGAACCAUUAGAAGCAAUAACCAGGCAGCUCACUGCUCUCCUGCAGGGAUCAGAAUGAGAUCCCAGUGUGGAGAGUGGGAAAGCCUUCCAGGCCGCUGGAGGAAGGGCUGCUUCUCUUUGGAUCUGAGCCUUGCUGGGCCUCCCUGCAGCCAUCCAAGUGGAUGUAUGACUUUACCGUUAGUGGCUAUCACUCUGGCUAAAUGUCAUCCUGCUCUGGUUGGAUAUGCAUCAGCCACAUCUGACCCAUGUGGUCUGAAGGACACCGGGGGAUGCUUCUGUGGUUUGAAGUCUUGCAGCAACGUGUGUGUGAUGCUCAGCAUCUUCUGCAAAAGCCUCCUCCAUCCCUCUCUGUUUCCCCAGCCCACUGUUUCAGAAGCCUGACUGGUGUGCAAGAGGAGGGAAUUGCCAUGGCUUUAACAGUUCCAUCUGGGCUUUCCUUCUCUCUAAGCUGGAAGCUGUGGAGCAGGAACAUGGGUGCAGCCAGGAAUGUGGGAUUGAACUGGUUUUUCUCUCCAUUCAAAAGGCCUCUGUGCUCCUGUGUGACAAAAGGGGUCUGCCACUGGAUCCACACCUCUAAGGAAACACAGUAUGUUUUCAGUAUGUUCAGGUUUACAUGAACAAUGUUUGUGUGAUAAUGUUCUUUUGAUAAAGCAGAAUAAAAUUAUUUUGUUACCA